AUGGAGGACCAGUCGUCGUCGUCGGCCGCAUCAUCAAAGACCGCCGAUCUAGAUGCUCCCCUUCAUGCAAUUGGCUUCGAGAUCGACGAGUUAUCAGCUCACAGGGUCACCGGCCGUCUUCCUGUCACCCUCCAGUGUUGUCAGGGAUUCGGGUUCUUGCAUGGGGGUGUCUCUGCUAUGAUAGCAGAGGGUCUUGCAAGUAUUGGAGCUCACUUGGCAAGUGGAUUUCAAAGGAUAGCUGGAAUUCAACUCAGCACCAACCAUGUAAGACCUGCUCAAUUCGGUGACCUUGUCUAUGCUGAAGCUACCCCUGUCAGUAUUGGCAAAACCAUUCAGGUUUGGGAGGUGCAACUAUGGAAGACGGAUCCUUCAAAGCCGACGGACAGGAUCUUGGUAUCAUCUUCUAGAUUGACUGUAAUAAGCAACAUGCCUGUACCAGAGCAUGCAAAAGCUAACGUUCUGAGGGUAAAGAAACAUGCAAAGCUGUGA